AAAAAAAAAACUUGGACUCAACAGCCAUGGCCGUCCAGCAGCAGCCAACCCGGAUUGUGACCGUGACCAGCACCAACCUAGGCCCUGGGACAUGGAGCACUGGCCUCUGCGACUGCUGCUCAGAUAUGGGCACCUGUUGCUGUGCUCUUUGGUGUUUCCCCUGCAUGCAGUGUCAGACGGCCAGUUACUAUGGCUGGUGCUGCUGCAUGCCGCUCCUGGACGUCUGCUGCGUGGUGUCCUGCAUCCUCCGCUCCAACAUCAGGGAGCGCUACAACAUUCCUGGCUCGUGCUGUGACGACUGCUGUAAACUAUAUUGGUGUUACCCGUGUGUCUGGUGCCAGAUGCACCGGGAGCUGAAGGUCAGGGGCAAAACGGCAGGCAACAACGCAGUGGUCACCACCCAGGUAGUUAGUGCGUAGGCGGCAACUGUUUGGGCUGUGGGCUGAGGGAACAUGAUGUGCUUGCCAAGAAAUGUAUAACCUACUCGUUAUUUUUUUUUACUCUUGUAAUAAUGGAAAUAUAUAAAAUCAGCUGCUCUGUUUCUUCUUUUUUCGUGAUCAGUUAGAUUAAGACGUUGCCCCAACUCCACCUGUAUGCUUUUGCACAAAAUGUACACCAAGGUUUAGUGGAUAGUAUAGAAGUGAUCUUGUGUUUGUCGUUUAGAAAAUUAGCUUUUUUUACACGAUUGCGCUUGCUGUUCAAGAUUUGGUUUGAAUGUUAUGGUGCUGCUGGUCUGGUUCUUGAGUUCACUCACAAUAAAAUACUGCUGUUGCAGGUAACUAGC